CGGCACCAUUACAUCCCUCCACCUGCACUGAGCGCGUCUGCGACGUCCUCAGCCACACUACAUGUCAUUUUCUGCUUGAUACUUCCCUAAACCACAAGGCUCUCGCGAUGGAAACCACUACCGAGCCGACAACUGUCGCUGCCGCUCCGGACGCCGCGCCGCCAUCUACGGACGAUGCGCCGGCCUCGCCUACCUCAGAGGAGUUCAAGUCUCCGCGCGAAUCUAUCAGCAGCAAGCCAGCGUCCCGGAGAAAUUCUGUGCGGAAAAGCCAGAGCUCUGGUACGCCGACGACCGAGACCGUCAAGGACACAGGAGAUGUCCUCUCCCUGGAGGAGCUCAAGUCGCCGAGCAAGGCCGACUUCAGCAAGGAUGCGACUCCGCGGGACUCGAUCAGGAACAGCGAGCUCACUGAGGUCACCCUCGAGGGCAGCGAGAGCUCGCACGAAGACUUCUCGCCCGUCGCGCUCUCGUCCGGGACCAGCGCUCGCAGCUCGGUCUCCUCCGCGCAGGCCGCGGGCAAUCGGUUCAGCGCGACGUCCCUCACCUCCCCCAUCACCCUCAUUGAUUCGAAGCCGAGCUCACACAAGAAGACGCCGUCUACGACGACUAUAUUGUCGACGCACAACUUGGUUGUGGAGGAGACGACGCGUACGAAUAGGACAAGCAUCGACGGGCAACAUAGGCUGCAGGAGGAGUUUGAGAAGCUACAGAAGGAUAAGGAAGCUGAGGCGGCGGAGAAGGGCUCAGCGGAUGGAAUUGACUGGAACUUCUGGGGAGAUGUGAUGGGAGAUUACACGCGCUUCGCCGCUGAACACCCCGAGGAGCUUUCGCAAGCAAUUGCGAAGGGCAUCCCAAGCUCACUGCGCGGCAUGAUGUGGCAACUCAUGGCUGCGUCUAAAGAUCCGGAACUUGAAGCUACUUACCUGAAGUUGCUCAAGGAGCCAGGCACUCCACAUGAGAAGGCAAUCACUCGUGACCUGGGGAGAACUUUCCCCCAUCACGACUUCUUCACGGAUGGCGCAGGCAUCGGGCAAGAGAAUCUCUUCAAUGUGCUGAAGGCGUACUCGCUAUACGACACACAGGUCGGGUAUUGCCAAGGCCUACCGUUUGUGGUCGCAAUCCUCCUGCUCAACAUGCCCGACGAAGAAGCCUUCUGCUUGCUAGUACGCUUAAUGCACGACUACGGCCUGAGAGGGCACUUCUUGCCUGAGAUGCCGAAACUGCAGCUACGAUUAUUCCAGUUCGACCGACUGAUUGAAGAGCUCCUUCCUGUAUUACAUGUACACUUCUUGCGGCAAGGCGUCAAGUCAAGCAUGUUCUGCUCGCAGUGGUUCCUCACGAUGUUCAGCUACCGAUUCCCUCUCGACGUCGUCUUCCGAAUAUACGAUCACGUCUUAGCCAACGGCAUUGAGGCCAUCUUUGGCUUCAGCAUCGCGCUUCUGCACAAGAACGAGGAGACCUUGCUGAAGAUGAAGUUCGAUGAAAUCUUGGGCUUCCUGAACAUGAAGUUGUUCGAUAUCUACAAGGUCGAAGGCGAAGGAGAUGCUCCUCCGACAUAUAAGGUCGACGAGUUCAUACGAGAUGCAGUCUCGCUGCGCAUCUCAUCGUUCAUGCUGGACAACUACGCGCAUGAGUACGAAGAGUUGAUGCGGGAGACGCACAAGAAUGCGCUCGAGAAGGAUGAAUUGCGUAACACGAAUCGCGUGCUAGCCGCGAAAGUGAAAGAGCUCGAGGAGAACCUCUCACAAAUAAGCACGGAACACAUAGAAAUACUGAACGAGCUCGUAAAGCAACGAUUGCGCAAUGAAGAAAUGGAGGAACAACUCGUCCGCUACAAGCUGCUAUACGCUGAAGCAAUGCAUCAAAACGAAGACGCAGGAUCAUCGCACCGACUCUCGCAAGCCACAACUAACAGCGCACAUCGAGGAAGCAAUAGAGCCAGCAGUAAUAGAGGGAGCACGACAUGACGCCGAUGGCGAGCUCUUUCUUGAUUCCUUCUGACUUGUGGAUCGUGCUCGCUUGCAUAGACAUUUGUUAUCGCUUUCGUACUGCUCUUAUCCGCAUCUUCACAGUACUGUAGUCCUAGAAAUGCAUGGCCACUGGGGCCUC